AUGGGCUGCAGACGCACAGACUGCCUGGCAAAGCCUCUGUCGGGCCUUUUUGAAAAACUUGGCUCACUCGUAGGCUCCUAUCCUUUAUACUUUUUUGUGAUUCCUCUCGUAGUCUCAGCGGCGCUCAGCGGAGGCUUCACUUUUCUCAAAGACAGGGAGGACAACGACUUUGAGCGUCAGUUCACACCCAGCAAAGGACCCUCGAAGGCGACGAGAGCUUUCGUCAGGGAGAACUUCCCCUACAAUGACUCCAUGUUUUCAGAGGACAGGUUGUACGAUAAGGGCAUCUUUGCAUCACUCAUCGCUGUAUCGACUAAUAACUCAAACAUACUAACAAGUCCAGCCUUUGAAGACAUCAUCAGACUCAACAAUAAGAUCCUUAAUAUCACUGUGCACAACGGGAGCCUGGGAUUCAACGACUUGUGUGCAAAAGCCAACGGAGAAUGUGUCUCAAACGUCCUCCUGGAAAUCAUUAACUCCGAUGAAACCAGCAUCAUCUUCCCCGUACACACGCACAGAUCCAGUCCGGUGUUCCUGGGCUCGGUGCUCGGCGGGGUUAUCACAGACGCCAACAGCUCAGUCAUAAGUGCUCAGGCUGUAAAACUCUUCUACUACUUAGAUAACAAGGAAAGCGCAGCUGACGCCUCAAAAUUAUGGCUGAGAGGAUUUAAAAAGCUCUUAUCAGAUGAGACGGACAGCAAACACAUUGACGUGUCUUACUACACCUCCAAAUCCAGGCAGGAGGAGAUUGACAGUCACACCACAGAUGGCUUCCCUUUAUUCCUCAUCACUUAUGCCUGUGCUAUCACCUUCUCGGUGAUAUCCUGCCUGAGAUUGGACAAUGUGAGGAACAAGGUGUGGGUGGCCGUUUUCGGCGUCCUCUCCUCGGGCCUGGCUGUUCUCUCCUCUUUUGGCUUGCUGCUUUACAUCGGAGUGCCAUUUGUUAUUACGGUCGCAAACUCUCCUUUUCUGAUACUCGGAAUCGGUCUGAACAACAUGUUCAUAAUGGUGUCCGACUGGCAGCACACCAACGUGAAAGACCCGGUGUCGAAGCGCAUGGCUCACUCCUACAAAGACGCCAUCAUGUCCAUCACCAUCACCGCCCUGACCGACCUCUUCAAGUUCUCCAUCGGCGUCACGUCAGACUUCCCGUCAGUGCAGUCCUUCUGCCUCUACACCAGCGCCUCCAUCGUGUUUUCUUACAUCUACACAAUCACCUUCUUCGGAGCCUUUCUGGCUCUAAACGGGAGGCGAGAAGCCGGCAACAGGCACUGGCUGACCUGCGCGAAAAUACCAUCAGACGACAGUGCUCAUCAUUCUGAGAUAUAUAACAUCUGCUGUGUGGGAGGCGGAUAUAAUGAGAACACCGGAGCAGAGAAAAAACAACCGGCGAGUAAUUUCUUUAAAGAUUACUACGGCCCUUUUCUGAUCAAACCGUGUGUCAAAGGAGUUGUAAUCUUCCUUUAUGUGUUAUAUUUAGCUGCAGGUAUUUUUGGUUGUACACACGUGCAACAGGGGAUAGAGCUCUAUGAUCUGGCAGCUGAUAACUCCCACGUUACCAGAUUCAAUACGAAGGAUAGACAGUAUUUUUCUGAUUACGGUCCAUCUGUGAUGCUUAUUAUGGAUGGGGAAUACCCAUAUUGGGUUAAACCCAUGAGGAACCAACUUCAGUGGUGCAUAGAGGACUUAAAAAAGCUCCAGUAUGUAGAUGGGGAUGUCUAUACAUCCUGGCUGGAUGCUUACAUGUCAUACGGACAAGAAAGAAAUUUAAACCUUGAUUAUAAACAUGUUUUUAUCAAGAAUCUGCCUCACUUUUUAGAUUUAUUUCCAUUUUUCAAGCAAGACGUGAACCUCACUGGGAAUGGCGUCUAUGCGUCGCGGUUCUUCAUUCAGACUGUCGAUAUCGCCAACGCCAGCAUGGAAAUUAAAAUGCUUACCGGUCUUAAAACCGUCGCAGCCAGAUGCAGACCAUCUUUAUUAGUCUAUAACCACAUGUUCAUCUUCUACGACCAGUACGACGUAGUGGUUAAGAGCACGAUUAAAAACGUUGGCGUGAUCACAGCCGUGAUGCUGGUCGUCUCUCUCCUGCUGAUUCCAGACCCGCUCUGCUCAUUAUGGGUGACUAUUUCCAUUGGUUCAGUGACUGCGGGGGUAACUGGUUUCAUGGCACUUUGGGACGUCAGCCUCGACUCCAUAUCCAUGAUAAUUUUCACCGUCUGCAUCGGUUUCACCGUCGAUUUCUCAGCUCACGUGUCUUACGCAUUCGCCACCAGCAAGAGAGCGAGUCCCGACGACAAGGCCGUGGACGCUCUCUCCAGUCUAGGCUACCCCAUCGUCCAAGGGGCCCUGUCCACCAUUUUAGGGGUGAUAGUGUUGGCUAUGUCUGAGUUUCACAUAUUCAGAACCUUUUUUAAGAUCUUCUUUCUCGUCAUGUUUAUCGGGAUGCUUCACGGACUCAUUUUCAUCCCAGUAAUUCUGACGCUGACAACGUGCAGAUCAAGUAAAGACGAAAGUAAAGACGAGAGUUUGAAAAGCACCAAACUAUGACCACAUAUACCAUAUUUACAUGCAGAUCCUAUAUAAAAAUGUAUUCCAAAACAGGUAAGGGAUAUUGUACGGGGG